AUGGAAAAUUCACAUCUAAUCAAUCUACCUGUCGAAAUACUUCAUCAUAUAUUUCAUUAUUGUGAUGUUCGAACGAUUGCAUUCAAAAUUGGUCGUGUUUGCAAAAGACUUCGUACUGUUGCCUAUCGAUAUAGUCGAUUUCAACUUACAUUUCAUUAUGGGGAUAAUGCAAUGUUUAUAGAACAUAUGUUGCAUCUCAUUCCCAAUGAUUCUAUCGUUUCUUUGAUAUUAACAGAUUUAUACACAAAGUUUCAGGCAUUUCUUGACAUCGUUCAUAAGUCUAAUGUUAUUUUUACACGAAUUCGACAUUUGACCCUUAAUAAUGUGAGAGAUGAUGCCUUGGAAAAUUUUUUUGCAAAUAUAAAUUACAUACAACCGAUUUCACUCACAAUCGAUUCUCAUUGGCCACCAAAGUCUGCAAAUCUUUCUAAGUUUUCAACAUGGAUUAUGAAUACAAAUCUUCAAAAACUGUGCUGGAAACAAUUAGAUUACAACACCAACGACAUGUCAUGGGUUGAUCAAUGUAAAUUGACGCAUUUGACAAUAAAUAGUUGUCUCUAUAGUGAAUAUCGUAUUCUGCUUCAUCGAUUACCAUAUUUAAAAACACUUCAAUUGAACAACUGUACAAUGGAUACUGAAGAUAUGUGCAUACCAUCAUCCAUUGUCUCAUUCGAUUCACAAUUAACAUACCUAAUCAUUAAUGAUUGUUUAGUACCAGUAGAAUGUCUUAUGUUCUUGAUUUCUAAAAUACCUCAACUUCGUCAUCUGAAGUUAGUUUCUUAUGCAAAAAUGAUCCAAUCUGUUGCUGAUAUUUAUCAAUGGGAGAAAUUUAUUCGAACUGAAAUGAAUUUUCUCCAUACAUGUGAAUUUUUAGUCUCCUACGAAAUGUCAUCAGACGAUGUGGUUAGUCUUCCUUCACUUCUUGCACCAUUUCAAGAACCAUUUUGGGUGCAUGAAAAACGUUGGUUUAUUGUUUGUGAAUACGAAUUAGGAUUUUCAACAAUUUCUCUUCAUACAACAUCAAUGGAUAGUAAAACUUUCUGCCGUUACCGUUGGGACAAUGGAGGCUUUUCUAAAGUGUGCAGGAUCGAUAGUCCAAGAAUCUUAUAUAAAGACAACAUUUAUCAUUUCAUUAAACGAUCCAAGGAAGAAUUUAUCAAUACUCUUACAACGCUCGAUCUCACUGGCAAUAGAAUUGGUAUUCCUGGAGCAGAAUAUUUCUUUGAAUCUUCACAAUCAAACUCCAUCAAAACACUCAAAGCACUACGUCUAGAUGCCAAUCACUCCGAUAUACCUGAAAUAAGAAUACUCGUGGAUGGAUUAGAAUGCAAUACGACUAUAAAAACAUUAGAUUCAAACAAAGCUUUCCUAAAAGAACACACAUAUUAUGCGAAAGUUAUUGAAUCACAAACUCAUCGAACACUCAUUACGUUGCAAAUGAGAUGGGUGCCAAUCGCUGAAACAACAAUGGAUUCUCUUUUUUUCACCAUUGCCAAUCAUCCAACACUCACUACAUUGAAUAUGAGACAGAGUCUUACAUCAAUCGGUGCAUUAGAUCAUUUUGGUGAUAUUUUUAGAAAUAACAUGACAUUGACGACAUUCUGCUUAGAAAAAAAUUUCAUUGGUGAUCAUGGUGCGCAAAAUCUUGCCUCUGGGUUACGAGAUAAUAUGGUAACACUCUGA